UUUUCCCACAAUGCCAAGCAAUUACAUUCGGUUUAUGCUAAUGUAAGGUAGUCAUCCAUUGAUCAACGGAUUGUUACAUUUUGGCUGUCGAAUGUUCGGAAAUUUCUCUUGAUUUUCGCUUUUUUUUCACGGUUGCAACGCAUUCAUCGCGACCAGGAACACUCUUAAUAUAAGACACAUACAUCAGGACAAUUUUAUUUAUUUUGUAACGUUUUUAAAAGAUUCGUCUGUCGCCGGUGGAAGACGGAGCGAGCUGUCGAUAAAACAACAUGGGGUGCACACUAAGCGCCGAGGAUAAAGCCGCAGCUGAGCGGUCGAAAAUGAUCGACAAAAAUCUGCGAGCGGACGGGGAAAAGGCAGCGAGAGAGGUGAAACUGUUGCUGUUGGGUGCUGGAGAGUCUGGAAAGAGUACAAUUGUGAAACAAAUGAAGAUCAUCCAUGAGGAAGGUUACACAGAAGAGGACUGUUUACAAUACAAACCUGUCGUCUACAGUAACACCAUACAAUCUAUGAUAGCCAUUAUUAGGGCUAUGGGAUCACUAAAAAUUGACUUCGGACAUCCUGACAGAGCGGAAGACGCGAGGCAACUGUUUGCCCUAGCAGGUCAGGCUGAAGAAGGUGAGCUGAGUCCGGAGCUCGCAGCAUGCAUGAAAAGACUAUGGAAGGACUCUGGCGUACAAGCGUGUUUCAACAGAUCAAGAGAAUAUCAACUCAAUGACUCUGCAUCAUAUUACUUGAAUGCGCUUGACCGAUUGGCUGCACCAGGCUACAUCCCAACGCAGCAGGACGUACUUAGAACUCGAGUGAAAACCACUGGUAUUGUGGAAACACACUUUACAUAUAAAGAUCUUCAUUUCAAAUUAUUUGAUGUUGGAGGUCAGCGCUCAGAGCGAAAGAAAUGGAUACAUUGCUUUGAAGGGGUCACUGCUAUUAUUUUCUGUGUUGCGCUCAGUGCUUAUGACUUAGUAUUGGCAGAAGAUGAAGAGAUGAAUCGUAUGCAGGAGUCCAUGAAGUUGUUUGAUUCCAUAUGUAACAAUAAAUGGUUUACAGACACUUCAAUUAUUCUUUUCUUGAACAAGAAGGAUUUGUUUGAGGAGAAAAUCACUAAGUCGCCAUUGACUAUUUGCUUCCCUGAAUACACAGGAUCCAACACUUAUGAAGAAGCGGCUGCCUAUAUUCAGAUGAGGUUUGAGGACUUGAAUAAGAGGAAGGACCAGAAAGAGAUCUACACUCACUUUACGUGUGCAACAGACACCAACAACAUCCAGUUUGUAUUUGAUGCUGUUACUGAUGUCAUCAUCAAGAACAAUCUUAAGGACUGCGGUCUUUUCUAAACCAGAGAUUUGUACAUGUAUAAUGGAAUUUAUUAACUCGUCAUACACCAUGACGUCACUGACAUGAUUGGUUGGAUAGCUCAGCAUAAUUUAGUAAACUACUUAUGAAGAAGUACCACUGUAGUUGACACAAACGUCGUCUGAAAAAUCAACUGACCAGGUGGUGAAAUGCAUCCCAGUGGUGACCUCUGACCCCUCCAACCCAAUUUGUGGGUGGAUGUCUACAUCUGUAGUAACACACUACACCAUGCUGAGCAAUUUUUAUCUUUGAUCCACAAUUAUUUACGUGUCAGUAAAAAUAUUAUUGUAAUAGCUUUUUCUUUAAUAUGCUUAUAAUAUGUAACAACAUCAAGGAUUUUUUUCCUUUUGAAAAAGUUAUCAAUUUUUUAGUGUAUUUUGAUGUAAAAAAAAACCCAAAAACAAGCGAGAUAUGAAAUUUCACGCUUUUUAGACUAUAGUUCAGUAGUGCUUUCUAUUUACAGAGCUAUAUUGUCAUUCUGUUUAUUGACGAUUCUGUCCUCUUUUAGAUAAGCUCAGAGUGUGCAAAUACUGAUUCUGUAUUGGCUUGUCUGUUGUCAGAAAUAUAAACCCUGACAUCCAUAGUAAAAAAUACUUUCCAGAAAAACAUGGCAAGAAUAUUUUUUUUUUUUUAUGUUAAACAUUUUUUUUGUUUUUAAUAAAAAUGACAGCUUCCUAUUUCCGGAGGGCAUCACUGCUUUUGUAAAUUAUAGUUUGGUUACCGUGGAUACAGGAUUACUAACUGCAAAUCCUUGUAUUUGUACACUUUAAAAAACGCUUCCUUGCCACACCAUUUACUUUUUCACAUGUUUUCACAUCACUCCAAACUCUUCCCUUGGCUUUAUUUGCCUUAGUAGCUUUUCCAGUGGACAUAGUUAUAAAACAUGUGGAACAUGUACUCUUGUUGUUCAAUAUGAAUACGUACUAAUUAUAAGUAAAAAUUAUAUUAAAGAAAACCCAAAACAAUUCACGUGGUGAGAUGAAUGUAUUAGUGAAAGGAAAUCCAUUUUCUGCAGGAAAGAAAAAUGCUUUCCAUUGAAAUUACGGUAAUAAUAGUGAUUAUAAUGAGACUACCACAUUUAAAAUUCUUGUUGAAAUUUACCUCAAUGAAAUAUCUGGAGUUUUUUGGUGUUGUCCUGUCCAACAUAUUUUUGAAUUACUGAUUUUAAUGUUUUUUUUUCUGUGAUCGAAUUGAGUUUUUCCCCCCUAACAAAUCGGUCACAAAAAAAAAAACAAUGUGACAGGCAGUGAAUUGUAAUCAUUGUUUUAUUGAUCAUAAACAACUUGAAACGGGAUUGCUCACCAUUUUACAAAAAUUGGUGAUGAUUUGUGGUGUUUUAUACCAUAAUUAUUGACGUUCUUACUAAGAACAAAUUGGGAAGAUCUCAACAAGUUUGUAAGUUUCAGGGUGAAGCAACAAGUGCCAACAAGAAAUGAAAGGAGUAAAAAAAAAAAACCCAUAUCACUGCCUUUUUAAAGAUGUAAUUAUACUCUGGUGCCCUCAACAUGGAUGAUAAUAAAAUAUAAUGGAACAUAGACCGUGCAAUAAAAACAGUUAGUGGGAAAUAUAAACCUCACCUCCACAUUGCAUCUUCUCACCCCUUUAAAAGUAUUAGUAAAGUCCACCACAGGUGUACUUUAGUCUUCUGCAUUAUAUUUAUAGGGGUGACUUGAGUCAAAAAUGGGGUAACCUCAAGAUUAUGCUGAUGCUUACAGGUACAAUUAGUGUCUACUCGUAACAUUCCGUUCAUUGUGUUAGCUUUGUUCCACCGUUGGCAUUUCCACUCUUUGAAGCUUGCUAAUUUAUUGACUGUCUUUACACCAAAUGCUUGUUGUUGUAAUUAAACUUGAUUAUGAGAAGUUGGUCAAUUUGUAUUGCUUUGUACAGUUCUUUUAUUUCUUGUCAAAACCAGGGCCAAUGUUUUCGUCUUGGAGAAGUCAUUUAAAUGAAAUUGAAUAGAUGUAACAAAUUAUGUACCGGGUAGUAAGUUUCAGUGCUUCAUAGCCGACCUCUACCAAAAAACAAUUGAAGGUCAUAUUUAUAUACAUAGUUUUUUUAGGAGUUGAACUUCAACUUUUGUGUUUUAGAAUUUCAUAUGCUUUCUCGAAUGAAUUCAUCCCUUGUUUCCCCACAAGUUUAGGUUUUGUUUCAGGUGGCUGGAACCAUUCCAUUGACUAAAAUGGGGGUGUUAAGUGCUACAUCAUGUACAUAAUUUGUACGAUUAUUUAAUUCAAACUCGUUUUACCAGUGCUUAGAUGAAUUCCCAAAAUUGUAGUAAAUUGGCUAAUGACGGCAACUUUUAUGAAGUCUAUGAUCUUGCAUUCAUUGGGAUCUAGCAUUAAAUUAGUAUAAAACACUAUUACAAUGUUUUGAGAUAUGAACACGCCAUCUGUUUUAAGUGUUCUUUCAAAGAUUCUUAAAAAAAAGCUGUGCUUGCAGAACUUUUUCACAACUUGUCAAAAUAACUCUUAUCUGAUGCCCCCUCAAAGAGAAUGGUACAGUCCAUCAUAGCCAACUGCUAGGUGAGACCAUUUUGCUGUGAGGGGUGAUCAUAUAGGGCUAGGAUUCAACAUGUCUAAACUCUCUUUACGAUUUUAUCUCACACUUGCGAUGCAAGGACCAGCUGCUUUUUUUUUGCUCGUCCUUGUCAUCAAGAUUUUUGUCAGAAAUUGUUUGAGAUAUGCGUGCACAGCCUGUCCGUGUUAUCACCUGGUAUUACACACAUACCUAAGAUUGACUGUUUUACUUGUAUGUAUGUCUUAGUUAUUUUUAUUUUGGAUUGUUAAAUCUCAUCAUUGUUGUUGUAAUGUAUGUAGUAUAUAUAUAGUUGAUUAAAGUCCCAUAUUGCUGUAAUAAACUA